AUGAUGCUCUCCAUCAACCACGCACGAUUAGCGAACGACUCUGUUCUGUACCACAUCGAAUGCAAGAAUGGAAGAAUAUCGUCUAUCCAACCAGAAGAGACCACUAACCUAGCUGCCGACGUCGUUGCGGAUGGGGGAAUCGUCUUGCCAUCGCUCUGCCAUUCUCACAUCCAUCUUGAUAAAUGCUUCAUCCUGGACCGCUGUCAACUCGUUACUGGAGACUUCUCCGAAGCGCUGAAAGUCACCAAUCAGGCGAAAGCUGCCUUUGAGCCCAGCGAUCUUUACAAACGGGGCCACAAACUCAUUCGUGAUAGCGUUGAGUGUGGUGUGACCUCAAUGCGGGCCUUUGUAGAGGUCGAUCGAGCGGUUGGUUUCUCGUGUGUUGAGCAAGGUGUCCAGUUGGCCACUAAUUUCCGUGACGUCUGCGAUGUCCAGCUAGCUGCAUUUGCGCAGGAGCCUUUAUUCGAUGACACUGAAAGUGUCGAUCCUGGGGAGAACUACUCGCUGCUUGUCCGUGCCCUUGAAACGCACGAUCUCCAAGUUGUUGGCUCAGCUCCCUAUGUGGAACCCACGCUAGCGCAAGCAAAGCUCAACAUUGGUCUGAUUCUCAACUUGGCGCUGAAGCAUCGGUGCCAUGUCGAUUUUCAUCUCGAUUACAACCUCGAUCCGACUUCCGAACCGCUUAUCUUUAACGUCAUUGAACAAGCAAGGCAGCUCUCGUGGCCCCCUGCCCUGAAAAUUACCGUUGGACAUGCCACGCGUUUGCAGCUCUUCACACCAGAGGAAUGGAAGGAGCUAACUUCGGCCAUGGGAAGCCUCCCGAUAACAUUUGUCGGCCUUCCCCAGAGCGAUAUGUAUAUGAUGGGCCGUGGUGAUUCUCCGUUAGGGGCGCCUAGAGGAACGUUGCACAUUCCACAAAUCGCGGCUCAACACAACAUCCAGAUUGCAAUGGCGGUCAACAACGUGCAAAACGCAUUUACGCCUCAGGGUUCAGUCGAUCCACUAUCACUCUGCACUUUUGGCGUCGCGCUGUUUCAAACAGCAACGCCGAACGACUUGAAAACCUUAUUGCGAGCAGUGACAUUGACCUCCAAAGAAGCGAUUGGAGAGACAGAAGCUUACAAAGAUCUGACAUUAUCUGUCGGCGAUCCCGCUAAUCUUGUCGUCUUGCACGGAACGCCCACAACACAAUUGGCGGUGCUUAACCCUGGCUACGUUCGAACGACUAUACGCGCUGGCCGUGUUGUUGCUUACAGACACAAUUCUGUGUGGAUAGCGUCCAAUUGA